GUGUUUUUUCCUGCCCCGUAUACCCAGUACAGGUAGUUUGCAGAUGACUGUGUAGUUUGUUUUGCACAGUUAUCUAUCAUUCUGUGGCCACAGUGCAGUCUCGGUGAAACCUUGCCAGUUUGAGAGCAUGAGAGGCAGCAACAAUGAGAUCAUACUGGCAUUAUCAGUUACUGAUUGCAGUUAUGGCAGAUUACUUAAACCGAGCCUUCGUUUUCUCAUACGCAAAAGGGACUUGGCAAGACGAAGUGGGAGAAUGUCUAUGAUGCUGAGGAAUGGCUCUACUAAGAAUGCUAUGAACCUACCCCCUGACAAAGCCAGGUUACUGCGGCAGUAUGACAAUGAGAAAAAGUGGGAACUGAUUUGUGACCAGGAACGGUUCCAGGUGAAGAAUCCUCCCCACACAUACAUUCAGAAGCUCAAAGGCUAUCUGGAUCCAGCUGUAACCAGGAAGAAAUUCAGACGGCGUGUUCAAGAAUCCACACAAGUGCUGAGAGAACUGGAAAUUUCUUUAAGAACCAACCAUAUUGGAUGGGUCAGAGAGUUUUUGAAUGAAGAAAACAAAGGCCUCGAUGUCCUGGUGGAGUAUCUGUCGUUUGCACAGUAUGCGGUAACGUUUGACUUUGAAAGCGUGGAAAGCACCGUGGAGAGCUCGGUGGACAAAUCAAAGCCCUGGAGCAGGUCCAUCGAGGACCUGCACAGAGGCAGCAACCUGCCCUCCCCCGUGGGCAACAGUGUGUCCCGCUCCGGAAGGCAUUCUGCACUGCGAUAUAAUACUUUGCCAAGCAGAAGAACCUUGAAAAAUUCAAGAUUAGUGAGUAAGAAGGAUGACGUGCAUGUCUGCAUCAUGUGUUUACGUGCCAUCAUGAAUUAUCAGUAUGGCUUCAACAUGGUCAUGUCUCAUCCACAUGCUGUCAACGAGAUUGCACUAAGCUUGAACAACAAGAAUCCAAGAACAAAAGCCCUUGUGUUAGAACUGUUGGCAGCCGUUUGUCUUGUCAGAGGCGGGCAUGAAAUCAUUUUAUCAGCAUUUGACAACUUUAAGGAGGUUUGUGGAGAAAAACAGCGCUUUGAGAAGUUGAUGGAACAUUUCAGGAAUGAAGACAAUAACAUCGAUUUUAUGGUGGCCUCUAUGCAGUUUAUUAAUAUUGUAGUCCAUUCAGUAGAAGAUAUGAAUUUCAGAGUUCAUCUCCAGUAUGAAUUUACCAAGUUAGGCCUGGACGAAUACUUGGAUAAGCUGAAACACACGGAGAGUGACAAGCUGCAGGUGCAGAUCCAGGCGUACCUGGACAACGUGUUUGACGUGGGAGCUCUGCUGGAAGACGCCGAGACCAAGAACGCAGCCUUGGAAAGGGUGGAGGAGCUGGAAGAAAACCUCUCUCAUUUGUCUGAAAAACUGCAAGACACGGAGAACGAAGCCAUGUCCAAGAUCGUGGAACUGGAGAAGCAGCUCAUGCAGAGGAACAAGGAGCUGGAUGUGGUCCGAGAAAUCUACAAAGAUGCAAAUACCCAGGUUCACACCUUAAGGAAAAUGGUCAAAGAAAAAGAAGAAGCCAUUCAAAGACAGUCUACCCUGGAAAAAAGGAUUCAUGAACUGGAAAAACAAGGGACCAUUAAAAUUCAGAAGAAAGGGGAUGGGGACAUCGCCAUACUGCCGGUUGUGGCUUCCGGCACGUUGUCCACGGGCUCGGAAGUAGCAGUGGGACCAGUAACGGGGGCUGCUGCCUCGGGACCCUUGCCCCCUCCUCCCCCACCGCCAGCCCCUCCUUUACCACCACCCCUUCCUCCUUCUGCACCUCCGCUGCCUGGGACGUCUUCACCCACAGUGGUUUUCAACUCAGGAUUAGCAGCUGUGAAAAUUAAGAAGCCAAUCAAGACGAAAUUCAGAAUGCCAGUUUUUAACUGGGUUGCCCUGAAGCCAAAUCAGAUCAAUGGCACAGUCUUCAAUGAAAUUGAUGACGAGCGAAUUCUGGAGGAUUUAAAUGUGGAUGAAUUUGAGGAAAUUUUUAAGACAAAAGCCCAAGGUCCUGCCAUUGAUCUUUCCUCAAGCAAACAGAAGAUAACGCAGAAGGGAUCCAACAAGGUGACGUUACUGGAAGCAAAUAGGGCCAAAAACCUUGCCAUCACUUUAAGGAAGGCUGGAAAGACCGCCGACGAGAUCUGUAAAGCCAUUCAUGUCUUUGACUUGAAGACGCUGCCUGUGGACUUUGUGGAAUGUUUGAUGAGGUUCUUGCCGACCGAGAAUGAGGUGAAAGUGCUUCGGCUCUACGAGCGGGAGAGGAAGCCGCUGGAGAACUUGUCGGACGAGGACCGCUUCAUGAUGCAGUUCAGCAAGAUUGAGAGGCUCCUGCAGAAGAUGACCAUCAUGGCCUUCAUCGGGAACUUCGCUGAGAGCGUCCAGAUGCUCACGCCUCAACUGCACUCCAUUAUAGCAGCAUCUAUCUCUAUAAAGUCGUCUCAAAAACUCAAGAAAAUUCUGGAGAUCAUCUUGGCCCUUGGGAACUAUAUGAACAGCAGUAAACGAGGAGCAGUUUAUGGAUUUAAGCUUCAGAGUUUAGAUCUGCUUUUAGAUACGAAGUCCACAGACCGAAAGCAAACACUGCUGCACUAUAUAUCCAAUGUCGUAAAGGAAAAGUAUCAGCAAGUGUCCCUCUUUUACAAUGAGCUUCAUUAUGUGGAGAAAGCUGCUGCAGUCUCCCUCGAGAACGUCUUGCUGGACGUGAAGGAGCUGCAGAGGGGCAUGGACCUGACCAAGCGGGAGUACACCAUGCACGACCACAACACGCUGCUGAAGGACUUCAUCCUCAGCAACGAGGGGAGGCUGAAGAAGCUGCAGGACGACGCCAAGAUCGCGCAGGACGCCUUUGAUGAUGUGGUGAAGUAUUUUGGAGAAAACCCCAAGACGACGCCGCCCUCUGUCUUCUUCCCUGUGUUUGUCCGGUUUGUGAAGGCCUACAAGCAAGCGGAGGAGGAGAACGAGCUGAGGAAGAAGCAGGAACAGGCGCUCAUGGAGAAGCUCCUGGAGCAGGAAGCUCUGCUGGAGCAGCAGGACCCAAAGUCUCCUUCUCACAAAUCAAAGAGGCAGCAGCAAGAAUUAAUUGCGGAAUUAAGAAGGCGGCAAGUUAAAGAUAACAGACAUGUGUACGAAGGGAAGGAUGGUGCCAUUGAAGAUAUUAUCACAGAUCUUAGAAACCAACCAUACAGACGAGCCGAUGCGGUGAGGAGAAGUGUCAGGCGGCGCUUUGAUGAUCAGAACUUGCGUUCUGUUAAUGGUGCCGAAAUAACCCUGUGAACCUGAGACCUGACUGAAUGAAUAGAGGGUGUGCGUGAAAGAAGCUGUCCACAUGAACUUUAUGUGCCGCCAUUUAACUGCAGCCUUGAACAUAGAUGAAGUAUUCUAAGGGCUCAGAUUUAGCAAACAUAGGAAUUUUAAAAUGAUGGGCCCUCCUUUCAACCUUUGUUAACAAGUGCCUAAAAGUGGAAGUACCUGCUCAGAUUAAUCAAAGCAAUAGGAUUGGAUUUGAUUAGGUAUCUUUUUACACCAGUAUGUUACUCAAUUUUUUAAUCAAAUUGUAAAUUUCCUAUUAACGUGUAUUACCUGCCAUUGUGAAUGUCCCGGGAUGGCCCACCCUGGUUUCCUACGAAGUUGUAAAUAAGAUGGAUGCCUCUGUGGUGGGCUCCUUUGUUGAGAUGUCUUUUAAGGAAUUUUGUGUUUCAGUCAUACCCACCAACUUUGUAUUUUUAAGGGCUUGCAACAUGGAAGGAGGAGGGAAAAGUCUCAUGAUAAACUUGUGUCCAAAACCAAGCCCUAGCAAAGUUCAGAUAGAUUGCAAUUCUAGUAGCUCAGGAGGAUACUCAGCGGUCUCCUUUCACAGUCUACUACCCCGUGCUAGUGUAUCGUGCCCUCCCUGGGAGAGUCCCCGUAUGAAUGCAAGGAUAUGAUGGCAUACAAAUGUUGCACAGUACUGUGUUCUUCAGCUAGGGGCAGCUUUGAAAAGAUAAUGCAAUAUAUUUAUUAAUUAGCACUAAAAUUAACAUCUCAGUAAUCAGUAUUAUGAUUUCUGAGGAUCAUUAUGGGUCAAAACUAAGAGAAAUCAGUGCCUUGCUAGCCAGGAAUAAGUUCACUAGUUCUAUCAACAGUGCUCAAGAUUACUUCUGCUGGCGGAGAAGUGUUAGUCACCCAGCCUUACUCUCCUCUGACAAUCGGUUGGCUCCCCCGCCGCCCUUCUUCCUUUUGUAAGUCGGAGAAGAUAUAUUUGGCAUCAUAUAUCAAAGCGAAAAACUUUGUAUUUCCCAGAUUACUUUAUGAGGAAUUGAAUAUUCAUGUUGGGAUAAAGCUUAAAUGAUAUAUAAUGGGACUAAAUGGCCAACUAAGCCACUGUUACUUUUCCUUCCUCUGGCAGGGCACUCGAUCCAUUCCAAAGUCAAAAACUGGACUGAAGCUAAUUUGUACUUUUCAUAAUAUACAUUCUGCUUCUGGCUUACCUUCUUGGUACAUCACAUCAGUAUAUUAAUUGUAAAGUUUAUUGUAUAGUAUUUAACCACUGAAUUUCUUAUUUUAUGUUGUGCUUAUGUGAACUCCUUGGUGAAGGUCCAAUUUUCCUUGGAUAAUGUGUAGUUAUAUAUGAUCUCUUUUUAAAUGUACAGAUAUUUUGCUAUAAAAUUGGUGCAGUUUUUUAUGGUUUUUACACUUAAUUCCCACCUAAGCCUCUGGGUAAUAUUGUAAAUAUUGUUUAAAAAUGCAUCGGCCUAUGCUAUACAAUCUGAAGGUUAUUUUAACUUAUAGUUUUUUUAAUAUAUAUAUUUAACUACAAGGACAGUUUAGAGAUCAGUUAUCACAUUUCACUUUAGCAUACCUAUUUACAGAAAGAUUGCUUUUAAACAGCCACCUGCCAGCAAAUUUUCAUAAAUGUGUACUUUAAAAAGAACAUGCCAAGAUUUUGUUUUUCUGUUGACUCAACAUUAAUUUUGACAAUACCAUGAGACACACAAUACAAAUUGGUCCUUUACCACAAGCAGCUGUUUCCCAAAGCUCAAUGCUGACGAGCAUAUUAAACUCGCUACUAUUUAUUAAUCUCCAAGUAGACAAUAAUGUUGGCAUGUUCUUUUCUGUUUGUCUAUUAAUAGGCCUGCUUCUUAGCAAUAUUAGAAAUGUUUUAUAAAAGCAGUUCAUGUUACUUUUCUGGUCUUUUCAUGGCAUAUGAGCAAAUAAAACUAUUUACACCACUA